GAUCCUGUCCCUGUUUGUGCCACUUGCCUCUUACACCCGAUACAAAUUCUCUCUAGUUCUUCCCCUUUUCUCUCUCAGUAUCUCACACGUGACUAUAAAAUCUGAGGAGAUUCCCCCCUUUCCCCACAAAUGAUCACUUCUCGUCUCCCCCGACUUCCCCCGUUCUCUCCAUAAUUCUCAAAUGUCAAUUUAAAAUCUUCUCCAAUGAGGGGGAUUUCCCCACCCAUUUUAUCUGCAGCGAUUUGUCCUUGUCUAGGUGGGAAAUUGUUGCCCUGAGUCACUCCCUAAAACAUGGCUGCCCCUGGGUGGGGAUGGAAUGAGAUGCCCGUUCUCUGCCAGGGCGGGGAAGGGAGGAACACCUGUCCCCCACGGAGACUGCCCAGACCCCAGUUUCCUAAUCCCACUUGUUGCCCCCUAAUUACCAACACAGUUGCCCACAGCAAUCACCUGCCCAUCCCCGACAGCUGCCCCUUCCCUCACGCAGGGAUCCUUCCAGCUCCCCCUCCUUCUCCCUUACCCUCUUAAAUCAGCUCCUCAAAGGGCUCCCUGCUGCCCAUGUGCAUGGUGGGGAGGUGGCACGGGGGGAGACUAUCACUUUCUGUUUAUGUAUCGGACAGUGGUAUAAAAUCCAGUCAAACAGUCCCCCUUUUCCAACUAGCAAUAUAAAAUUCUCCUCUUAUCAGGGAAAGUGCUGGGGAUUGUCAUGAAACUGACUGAACAAACAGCCCCCCGUCAUUUCUCCUCUCAUUAGUAAUUGCCAGGAGAAAAUUCAGCCAUGGGAGAGCAAAUAACCAAGGAAUGGGACUUUCGCAGCCAGAGGGGCAGGGAGAGAGGACGGGGAAGGAGAGACUGAAAGGGGCAGUGAUAGAAAUGAGUGGAGGGAGAGAGAUUUCCUGCUCUCUAAUCCACCCUGACACAUAUAUUGCAGCAUAGGCAUAGGCAGGGAGGGAUAGCUCAGUGGUUUGAGCAUUGAACCAUCCAGGAUUGUGGGUUCAAUCCUUCAAGGGGCCAAUUAGGGGAAAAAAUUAGGGAUUGGCCCUGUUUUGAGCAGAGGGUUGGACUAGGAGACCUCCUGAGGUCCCUCCAACCCUGAUAUUCUAUGGGUCUAUGAUCCCUGGGCACAAUCACUUUCCAGUGAACAAAAUAAGGAUCAGACAGAGGAAAAGCCAGUUUCUCACUCCAUAUUUCUGCUGCUGUGGGGUCAGUGUCCAAGAGAAUCCCCCACAGGGAGUCCUUUGGUUCAGCUCUUUUCUAGCAUUGUGUUCAGAGACUUUGUUAUGGGAUGGGGGGAGGGAAAAGGGAGUAGGGGCCAGGUCUACACUCUAAUAAAGAGAUCAAGCAUUUUCCCAGCAUGGCAGACUCUAGGAUGUCUGUCUGCAGGGAAAGGGCCUGGAAGGAUCGUGAUGUGAAAUGAACUAAAGCCUGUUCUGAAACCCCCACAAUUACCCUUCUCACCCUCCCAGGCUGCAGAAUGACAUCCCUGUUUCGCUCCAGCUCAUCCCAUCCUCCCAUGGGACAGGGGAGAAAAAUGGCUGCAGUGGAGCAAGUUCAGGGGCUGGUGACCUUUGAGGAGGUGUCUGUGUAUUUCACCAGGGAAGAGUGGGCUCUGCUGGACCCCGCUCAGAGAGCUCUUUAUAGGGACGUCAUGCAGGAGAACUAUGAGAACGUGACCUCGCUGGCAUUUCCAGUUUUAAAACCUGAUGUGAUCUCCCAGUUGGAACAAGGGGAAGAGUCAUGGGUCCCAGACCUCCAGCGUUCAGAGGAAAGAGAGCUCCUGAGAGCUCCCUGCACAGGACUUGGGAUUUCCUAGGAAGGGCCAUUUACUGCCAGGGACCAAAGGGGAAACUUCUUCACAGUCUGGAGGAAGAAAGGCCUCUGGGUCUACAGCAAACCGCUGGAUGCUGACUUGUUGAGUAAAUACAGGGCUGGCCAGAGAGGCCAUAGAGGCCUUGAGCAAGGAAGGGAAAAAUUGUCCAGCCAGGCUCUUCCACACCUGCCUGCCCUAUGGGGUAAGGGCCAUCCCUCAGGGCUUUGAAACCUGCAAUCUAAAUUCAAGUCUCAGUGGGACCUUGGGGUCCUUUAGUUGCCAGCUAACCCUACUGGGAUUUCCAAAGUUUCAUCUUGCUCUCUCAAAUGACUUGGGAGCCUGUCUUUUGCCCGCUAGUUGUUGUGACUUGAGCACAAGAGUGGACGUUUGAUCCAGAAGGCUGGCCGUGCCUGGAGUCCUGUAGAUGGGGAUGUGAGCUGCAUUUCCUCUCAGUCCUGAAGCUGGGCUGCAGCCUGGCCCAGGAGCCAGCCCUAUUGGUUGACCUACUGGCCCAAAGUCACUUGGGUGGUGUUGGUGUUCCCCAGGAAUGCUGAAGGGCGGGCCUAAGGGAGGGGGGAUUAAUACUGCUCCCUAUAAGUCAGGGUGGAAGAGGAGGGCUGCAAGAGUGGGCAGGUUGAGGAGCUGGGCCUUCUUGCAUUCGGUGGGGGACGAGGUGGGCAAAGCGAACCGGGAGAAGCAGUUGCUGGCCUGUGAAGAAUGGUUCGGCAGGUGACAUAUUUGGACCUUGUCAUUAGCCUACAAGGUUGUCAUGCUCAAGACCUAUAUUUUGGCCAUGGGGAAUUUCCUCAGCUAUGUAUUUCACCCUGCUCUACGAGUGCUGCUGAAACUGAACACGAUGGCCUUCCACUUCUCGUGGGGCAAUAGGAUGUCCCUACCAAGUCAGGAGAAGUGUGUCUUUUCUGCUGUAUUAAAAGAGGGGUUGGGGCUGGUGGGCUUUGAAGACUUUUACGGCCCUACUUUUUUGUUUUUCAAUUUUCAGUGGGUGGCUGAUCUGGAGGUCAGGUCAGAUCUGAGGGGAAUGGAGGGGCAACCACAAGGAAUGCAACUGACUCUUCAGAUAUGGCCAUAUUUUUUUCGAGCCCACUGGGUGCAGCACUGGGUAUGGGAUGGCCGAUGGUGGCAGAAGGGGGAGGAGUUUAGGAAGCCCCCUUUCUAGUGUUCUUCUACUCCCACCUUACAUCCUACAGGAUUUUCAGUGGGUGGCUAGGUGGAAGGUGCUUGCAGGAUGGCUUCAGCCGCAACAGUGGCCACCCUCACAGCAGCGGCGGCCACAGCAGUGAGGCCCUUCCCUUCGUCUCAGUCUGAACAGAGGUCAACAUACCACUGGGUGAGACAGGCAAAUUUUAGGGAGCUUCCUCUGAAG